AAGCGCUGAGUGAGAGAGAGACUGAGAGCAGAGACAGUCUGAUCAUAUGGAGGGACGGACAGAGAUGUCAGUGGUUACACUGCAGCUAUACAGCGUAUCUCUGAGAAACACGGAGGUUUGAGAGAAUAAACAGGACAAACUUCUUCGGAUACAUCAUUGAGAUGAGCUACAAAUCUUAUUUCAUCAAGUAAGAUGAAGGAGAAAUGAAUUUUACAGGCGAAACUGUGUUUACAAGGGAUUCUCUCUCAUCAUUUGCCAUUUAAAUGGCAUGAAACGCGGAUGUCAAUAGAUGUUUGAAGUGCACGUGGAUGUGUUUGUGGAGACAUUGUGCUUCUGUCCAAGAUCAGCUGAGUAAGUGUUUAUCAGAUGUUAAAAUGAUGUUCUGCAUGUACACAGUACAAGUUCAGACGUCGGAUAUCAAGUUAUAAAUCAGCAUGGCUUUGAGUGCAUUCUUACAAACAAGUGCAUUUUAUUCAAACAUGUGAUUUUCUUCACCCCUAAAAAAAGUAAACCAGUAGUCAGCAAUCAUGGUAGAACCUGUUGGCUUUGUAGAAGCGUGGAAAGCUCAGUUCCCUGACUCAGAUCCUCCUGAGAUGUCUUUGAACUCUGUUGGAGACAUUGAGCAGGAGCUGGAGAAAUGCCGAAACUCUAUUAGACGUCUGGAGAUGGAAGUGAACAAGGAGCGCUUUCGAAUGAUCUACCUGCAGACGCUUCUAGCCAAGGAGCGGAGAAGCCAUGACUCUCAGCGAUGGGGUUUCAGUAGGGUCUCACAAGGUGAGCAUAAGCCAGACGCCGGUCAUCAGAAAGCUGAUGGAAGCAGGUGCCUCCCGAGCAAACUAAAGCACACAACCGCAGCGGAGGACAGUCGUGAGUCGUGUGUUGAGGUGGUGGGAUGUGAUACCUCAGACUUGGACAGGCAGAAAAACAGAGAUGGAGAAGUUGACGGAAUGUCUCCGUAUAAAAAAAGAAGCGUUGAAGCUCUGCUCAGGCCCAUUGCUGGACGUGGACCUGCACGCCAUGAGGCGGAUGAUGUUUCAGAGUCUCCACCGAAGGAGAAGGUCACCACAGGGUUGGGAGUCGCUGCGCUUCGCUCAAACUUUGAACGUAUCAGAAGAGCUAAUUCUCAAACAUCUGGCGAGGGGAAAAGCGAGAGGCCUUACUACGUCAACAUGGAGUACCACCACGAGAAAGGUCUUGUUCGGGUCAACGAUAGAGACGUAUCUGAGAAGAUAAGUAGUCUGGGCAGUCAAGCUAUGCAGAUGGAACGCAAGAGGUCUUUGCAUUCUGUCCCGGGUAAUCUGUCCACUGCUUUCGGUGAUGUUCGCAAAUCAGAGCGGUCUCAUGAAAGAGUCAUAGACAGCUGUGAGUACGAGGAGCCCGAUUUAGACCCUCGCUUCCUCAAGGACAGUUCAGUAAGACUUAAUGGACGAAGAGCACCUCAGCAGAACUGGCACCAGUCAGACUGUCAGCCCUAUACGACUGUUUACGUGGGGGGCAUUAUGGGAGACGGAGAGGACCUGCACUUGACCUGGCCCAGGCGAUCUUACUCGCCUGGGAGUUUUGAAGACGGAUACACGCCAGAUUGCAGCUCCAAUGAAAACCUGACGUCCAGCGAAGAAGACUUCUCCUCAGGACAGUCCAGCCACGUGUCCCCGAGCCCCACCGCUUACCGAAUGUACCGAGAGAAGAGUCGCUCUCCAUCCCAACACUCCCAGCAGUCUUUUGAGAGUGGAAGCCCCCCUACCCCACAGUCCCAGAAGCGUCUCAAGCAACAGCUAGCGCUCUCCGACGCCAGUGUUGUUGGUGUCCGCAAGAUCUGGCCUGCUGACGGAAGCCACAACUUCGGCAACAGUUUUCAUGGAGAUCUGGACAUCCCGUUUAGUGGCACCCCGCCUCCAGCGUACAGUUAUGAUGGUGAUCGAGGGGAGGAUGGCCGUAUGCAGCCCGACAUAGCCUCCUACACGGAUGAUUCCCUUUCCUCUCCGCGACUUCACCCGAAGGGUCGAAGCAUUAGAGAGACCCCUUCCUCUGGGUCCCUGGAGUCCACUAAAUCAUCGGAGCUUGAUGUCGAAAAAGGCUUGGAGAUGAGGAAAUGGGUCUUAUCAGGAAUCCUGGCCAGUGAGGAGGCAUAUCUCAGCCACUUGGAGGCGCUCUUACUGCCUAUGAAGCCCCUAAAAGCUGCUGCCACCACCUCUCAGCCCAUGUUAACCCUCCAGCAGAUAGAAACCAUUUUCUUCAAAGUGCCUGAACUCCACGAGAUCCACAAAGACUUUUAUGAUGGCCUGUUACCCAGAGUGCAACAGUGGAGCCACCGUCAAUGUGUGGGCGACCUUUUCCAGAAACUGGCCAGCCAGCUCGGCGUGUACAGGGCUUUUGUGGACAACUAUAAGGUUGCUGUGGAAACGGCCGAAAAGUGUUGUCAAGCCAAUUCUCAGUUUGCCGAGAUUUCAGAGAAUCUGAAAGUCAAGAGCUCUAAAGAGGGUAAAGAUCAAAAUGCCAAGAACUCUCUGGAAACCCUGCUGUAUAAACCAGUGGAUCGAGUCACUCGCAGUACUCUCGUCCUCCACGACCUGCUGAAGCACACCCCAUCCAGUCAUCCAGAUCACCCUCUCCUGCAGGAUGCCCUGCGCAUUUCCCAGAACUUCCUUUCCAGCAUUAAUGAGGAGAUCACGCCCCGCCGUCAGUCUAUGACUGUGAAGAAAGGAGAGAAUCGACAGCUACUCAGAGACCAGUUUAUGGUGGAGUUAGUAGAAGGUGCACGAAAACUGCGGCACGUCUUCCUCUUUACCGACCUGCUGCUUUGUGCCAAAUUGAAGAAACAAACCGGAGGGCAAGGGCAGCAGUAUGACUGUAAGUGGUAUAUUCCAUUAGCUGACGUCACCUUUCAGACCAUUGAUGAGUCGGAGUCUUCACCGGUCCCUCAGAUACCAGAGGAAGAGAUAGAUGCUAUAAAGGUCAAGAUCUCUCAGAUCAAGAACGAGAUGCAGAGAGAAAAGAGAGUAUGUAAAGGAGGUAAAGUUCUUGAUCGUCUCAGGAAGAAACUGUGCGAACAGGAAUCGCUGCUGCUGCUCAUCUCUCCGUGCAUGGCCUUCAGAGUCAGUAACAGGAAUGGCAAGGGCUAUACAUUCCUGAUUUCAUCUGAUUACGAGCGAGAAGAAUGGAGGGAGAUCAUUCGGGAGCAACAGAAAAAGUGUUUUAAGAGUUUUUCAUUAACUUCUCUGGAGUUGCAGAUGCUCACCAACUCCUGCGUGAAGCUACAGACUGUUCACAGUGUUCCUCUGACAAUCAAUAAAGAAGGUGAGGACCUUUUUUUGAUUUGUUUUAUUAAGAUCUGUCUUGCAUUUUCUUACUUGCUGCUGUAUCUAAAAUUUGUCAUACAUUUGGUUGUUUUUCUCCCAUUAGAUGAUGAAUCCACAGGCCUGUAUGGCUUUCUAAAUGUGAUUGUUCAUUCUGCAACAGGGCUGAAACAGAGCUUGAAUCUGUACUGCACGUUAGAGGUGGAUUCUUUCGGCUAUUUUGUAAACAAAGCAAAAACUCGUGUGUACAGAGACACCACAGAGCCAAACUGGAAUGAGGAGUUUGAGAUCGAGCUGGAGGGCUCUCAGACCCUCAGACUGCUGUGCUACAGUAAGGUCAAGCAGUGCAGGGAUGAUGGGGAGAACAUUGAUCGCAUCAUGGCCAAAGGACAGAUUCAGCUGGAUCCUCAAUCGCUGCAGGGUAAAGACUGGCAGAGGACAGUAAUCAGCAUGAAUGGGAUUGAGGUCAAGCUGUCUAUGCGGUUUACCAGCAGAGAGUUCAGUCUGAAGAGGAUGCCCUCCAGGAAACAGUCCGGAGUGUUUGGAGUCAAAAUUGGGGCCGUUACUAAACGGGAGCACUCCAAAGUGCCUCUUAUUGUGAGACAGUGUGUGGAGGAGAUUGAGCGCAGAGGAAUGGAGGAAGUGGGCAUCUAUCGUGUCUCUGGUGUGGCCACAGACAUCCAGGCCCUGAAAGCUGCCUUUGAUGCCAACAAUAAAGACGUUUCGGUUAUGAUGAGUGAGAUGGAUGUCAAUGCCAUCGCUGGAACGCUGAAGCUUUAUUUCAGAGAGCUUCCUGAGCCCCUCUUCACCGAUGAACUCUACUCAAAUUUCACUGAAGGCAUCGCACUAUCAGACAGUGUGGCAAAGGAAAGCUGUAUGCUUAAUUUAUUGCUCUCGCUACCCGAACCCAACCUGCUGACCUUCCUGUUUCUUCUGGACCAUCUAAAGAGGGUUGCAGAGAAUGAGAGCGUCAACAAGAUGUCCUUCCACAAUCUCGCCACAGUAUUCGGCCCGACUCUCCUUCGCCCCUCUGAAAAGGACAGUAAAAUUCCAGCCAAUCCCACGCAGCCCAUCUCUAUGAGUGACAGCUGGUCUCUUGAGGUUAUGUCUCAGGUCCAGGUAUUACUGUACUUCUUGCAACUGGAGGCGAUCCCUACGCCGGAUAGUAAACGGCAGAGUAUGCUCUUCUCCACAGAGGUUUGAGACGGAGCUCAGGUGCAUUAUGGUGUAAAAUGCACUGGGACUGAAGCGAUUCAGCAUGUGACCAAUGGAGGGCACCAACAUCCUACUGAAAUCUUCCAAGUGGAGCGAAUUCCCUGCAUCAGUAUCAUUCUGUUGAUAUUUCUGUAGAAAUUUACAGUGAAGAAUGACGAGCCAGUCUGAUAUCUUCUCACGGACUCACUGUUGCAAGCACUUAGAGUUACAUUCAACAUGCAGGUGAUGUUGCUUAUUUUCACUGUCAUCCGUUGUAAUUCUGAAUGAAUGGUGGCUCACGCUUUGAGUGCCAAGAUUAUUGGAUAGUGAAUGUUACUCUUGCAUUUUCUCUUGUCCUUUCAGCACUGUGGGUUUAUAAAGAAUCACACAUUCCAGUUUUCCAUAAACGUUUUAUUUGAUUUGCUCACCUGUGAUUUAUGUCUUCCCGUGGCGAGGGCUACGGAACAUCUGAAUACGCAAAUCAUAAGGAGGAACACAUUUAUAUGGCCCCUUUCUGAUGGAUAAAACAUUGCAGAGAAGUAAAAUCUGAGAUUCUUUAACCAACGUGUGACUGUAGUCAACAUAGCACAUUAGUUCAUAACUAAAAAGAAUAUACAACACAAUUACAGUUUCUACCACUCCCAUGAUUCCCAAGAAAGUACAUUCCUUUUGUUUUAUGAAAAUAUUUCUGUUGCAUCCACUUAAUAUUGGAUUACUGAGCCUAUAUUAAACCAAUACAGCGCAUAUGGGUCACACCACAUGAUAUUAUAUGACUAUAACACAUUUUUUUUUCAGUACUAUUCAAACUGGAAACCUUACAUAACUUAGGAAACAAAACAUAAAAUAGUUUUAAAUCUUUAUAUCAUUUAAGGUAUUGUAGGAAAUGCAUACUGUAUUAACAGUAACUGAUGGACUCAGUAUAUUAAAAUGAAUAUUGGAGUCCUCCAUCAGAAUAAUAUCACUGCUACAUUAGUUUUCUGUAUUAAAAAAUAGCAAAAACUAACUUAAUUCAAACACUGUACAUUUUUCGUGUUUAAUGGUUUGGGAUCAUUAUAUUUUCAUUUUGUAAAACGUUUUUUUUGCUGUUCACAAAACUUGCAAGCACUUUGCGAUCCUGAAUAGUGCCAAUACCUUGCCCUGUUAAGUGUGUGUGUGUAAAUUUUUCAGUUUAUCAUUGCUAAUAUGCAUAUAUCUGUAUUAUGUUGUUCAUUCAAAUGAAAGAAGUUGUGUAUUAUUAGGAUGUCGUGUAACAUGCAGGCAUGUUGUUUUAUGACUUAUUUUUCUUUUGGAGAGAUUUCCUUUAGUUAUUGUGCGCCACAGAAUCUUUACGCUUGUGUAUUUCCUUUACGCUAAGAAAAACUGAGACAUUCCUGUAAUUGUGUUGAAGAUCAUUGCCUUUCUCUGUUCUUAUUCCAUUGUAUGUUCUGGAAUCUGCACUUCCUUUAUCAAGCUCCCGCUUGAAUUACAACUAUAUCCAUUCCUCGUUUUUCUCUCUUUUAUUUGGUCCAUUACGUGCUGUACUGAUGAAGAUAUUCCUGGCUGCCAUUUCACAACCCAACCUCCAUGAUGAGGAAAUGUUCUGUAUAUGGAUAAGUAUGGCACAGUGUGGAUUAAGGAGAUGGAUCACAAUAAACUCCUUCAUCCUCUUGUUUCCACAGA